UUGCUCGGCAGCUUCAAACUGGACGUUGCCACAGUGUGGAGUCAGCCGGAUCGCCAAUUCUACCACAAAUGGGCGUUGCUCACUGACCCUGACGACGUGGCCGCUGGUGCGAAAGGAUACCUCAAAUGUGACAUCAGCGUUAUAGGUAAAGGCGAUACCAUCAAGAUUCCACCUAAGAGCGAGAAGGACGAAGACGAUAUUGAAGCCGUGCAGAAAGGUGCUAGUGAUUUCAUGUUUGAUAAACCAGUAGCUGGGCUAUCGGGCAUGCAGAAAGGUGCUAGUGAUUUCAUGGUUGAUGAGCCAGUAGCUGGGUCAUCGGGCAUGCAGAAAGGUGCUAGUGAUUUCAUGUUUGAUGAGCCAGUAGCUGGACCAUCAGACAUGCAGAAGGUGCUAAUGUUUUAA